CAGCGAGGCCGAUGGCCAAAAUGGGAACUCUCUCUCAUUCUGCCUCCGUUCAAAACCCUACAUAGUUUGUGUUCUGUUCUCUCGCUUUCUCUCUCUCUCUCUCGCUGAAAAUCCAUUCGCUAUUUAUUCUUCUUCUCUCUCUAAAAUCCCUAAUUUUAUCUCUUGGAUUGGAUUAGAUGGGUCUCGAUCCAUCGUCUGCAGAACCCCCGACGGCGUCUCUCGCGCCAGGGUUUCGGUUCCACCCCACCGAUGAAGAACUGGUUCAGUACUACCUCAAGCGCAAAAUCUGCGGCAAGCCCUUCCGAUUCGAUGCCAUCUCCGUAAUCGAUAUCUAUAAAUCGGAGCCCUGGGACCUUCCCGGGAGGUCAAGGCUGAAGAGCAGGGACUUGGAGUGGUACUUCUUUAGUGUAUUAGAUAAGAAAUAUGGGAAUGGAUCAAAGACCAACAGAGCUACUGAAAGAGGGUACUGGAAGACAACAGGAAAGGACAGGCCUGUUCUCCAUAGGUCCUGGACUGUUGGGAUGAAGAAGACACUUGUUUAUCACAUUGGCCGAGCUCCUCGUGGUGAGAGAACCAACUGGGUGAUGCACGAGUAUAAGCUUGUUGAUGAGGAGUUGGAGAGAAUUGGAGCUGCACAGGAUGCAUUUGUACUGUGUAGGAUUUUCCAAAAGAGUGGUUCAGGGCCGAAGAAUGGGGAGCAGUAUGGAGCACCAUUUGUUGAGGAGGAAUGGGAGGAUGACGAGUUAGUUAUGGUUCCUGGGCUAGAGGUUGCUGAGGAAGUGGUAAUUGCUGAUGAUGCCUAUCUCGAUGGAGAUGACCUGGAGCAGAUUCUUGAUGCAGAGAUUCUAUCAGAUGAGGUACCGGUUCCAUCCAGCUUCUAUUAUGUUGAUAACAACAGUCAUACCCAGGAGCCAGUGAAUUUGGUUGAUGAUACUAAAAAUCUGUUGGUGGUUACUGGUGAGAAUUACUGUCCUUCAGAACAGCCUGAUGGCCAGAUACUGUUUGAUCUGCCAGUGCAAAAUGACAUGAACGUGAAGCCAGUAAAGCAUGAAUAUAUUGGUGAACCAAGCAAUACAGUGAAUACUGUGGAUAUAGAUUACUUGCUUGAUGAACCAUUCUUGGAUGCUAGCAGUGAUCCUCCAUUUGAUGAAGGGGCAUUCCUGGAAACUAACGACCUCUCGAACCCCAUUGAGGCAGAUCCUUCUGGUUUUGACAUGCUAGAUGAGUACCUUACAUUCCUUGGGGCAGGUGAUGACGACUCACAAUACCUGGCCUUAGAUUCUUUGGAGAUGAUGAUUGGAAGUGAGAACCUUGUUUCUGGCCAGGCAUACCUUCCAGAGAAGGAUGUUGAUGGAGGAGGCCAGCAAGAGACUCCAGAAAGCCAAAAAGCCGUGGGAGGGGACAAGGAUGACGUUGCAUCCACAUCAAAGAAAGAGCCUGGUAAUUUUGAAUCAGAUUAUCAGAAGCCAUUUAUCAAGCAGGCAAGUUGCAUGCUGGAAAACAUCCCAGCUCCGCCUGCAUUUGCUUCAGAGUUCCCUUCAAAAACUGCAGCUCUUCAGCUGAACUCUGCGUCUGAUUCUUCAAGUUCAGUCCAUGUUACUGCUGGUAUGAUUCAGAUAAGAAAUAUAACCUUGACCAGCAGUGGGACGCACUGGUCGCUUGGCAAGCACGUAGACGUGAAUAUCAUCUUUUCUCUUGACCUGCCACAAAAUGUUGCAAGUUCUGCCGGUUUGGAGCCAAUGGCAGGCCUACUCUUGGGAAAGGCUGGGUCACGGAGCUGGUUUUACCUGAUCUUUUUUUGGGUCCUGAUCCUCUCAGUGAGUUUCAAAAUUGGGAGUUACAUCUACACGGGAAAUGCAUCGAGGUAAGGGGUCGAUUGUUGGGCAAGGAUGGCAAUUUGAUAGAAACUGACUUGUUAAUACUAUGAUAGAACAUUGGGUUAUUAGAAGAUUUUUUACUUUAAAAUCAUCACCAUCUGAGAUCUAGGGACUUUGUGAACUUUGUUAUUCCACAUGGAAUUGUAUGCUCAAAACUGCCUUUGGGCCAUAGUUGCUGGAUAUUUGUCAGGGGUCUGGAAACGAUUUAAGCAUUGUUAUGGGAGUAAGAAGCUUUGGACGCACCUAUACUGUCUUUUUGAGGCUCAAAUCCUUAAACAUUCUAUAUUUCUAGAGAA